AACCGCCUCUUCUAACCAACCAAACCCACACUCACACCCCACACGUCAGUUGUCAGUGUGACAUUUCGUUUCCAAGCCGCUUGGAUCAGCUUAUCAGCUGAUCUGGUGAGUGCUCUUAGCUCUAGCCACCGUCAUCCCCGUUGGUAUCACGGAAACUUUAACUCCGCCAUGGCUAAAUUCCACGAAGUAAAAACCUUUGAAGAAUUCAAAAAUGUGAUUUCUUCCUUGCAAGACCUUGGAGUUCCAAUUUUUGCCGAGUUUUAUGGAGCUCAUGACAGUGCUGGAAAGAGCUGGUGUCCUGAUUGUGUGAAAGCUGAACCAGUAGUGGAAGAGGUGAUGAAAACUAGUGCAGCCAGCAAUGCACAUUUUCUUCAUGUGUCAGUUGGAGAUCGUUCUGCGUGGAGAGAUCCAAACUGCUCCUUCAGGACUGAUGCUCGCUUAAAGCUGACAUGCAUUCCCACUCUACUCCGAUGGGGGACGUCCGAAAAACUUCUGGAAGAGGACUGUGCUAUUAAGCAGAAAGUUGCUGAUUUCAUUGCAGCUAAGUGAAUAUUUCGUCAGGUUUUAUUGGCCAUUGGCCACAAUGAUUUACCAAUGUCAAAUUUUAUACAAGCAUAUUAUAUUUUAAGUAUCACAAUCA